AUGCGCAGAGCCACGAGAAGCUUCGCCCUGCGCCCGACGGCGCGGCAGCUGUGGGCUGGUGCGGACUCGCUCACGGCACACCGUGGCUUUGUGAGUGUUGCUAAGCCCGAAACCACUCGUGUGGGUUGGGUGGGCACCGGAGUCAUGGGAGGGCACAUGUGCGGACACUUGCUCAGCGCUGGCUAUCAAGUCACCCUCUACUCCAGAACUGCAGAGAAGGCGCAGGGGCUUUUGGGACGCGGUGCCAAGCUGGCAGCCAGUCCCAAGGAGGUGGCUCAGCAGUCGGACGUGGUGUUCACCAUGGUGGGAUUCCCGCAUGAUGUCAGGAGCGUCAUUCUGGGCAGUUCUGGCGUGCUGGAGGGACUCUGUAGCGAUGGCGUGGUGGUGGACAUGACCACCAGCGAGCCCAGUCUGGCACUCGAUAUCUACAAUGAAGCGAAGAAGAAGGGCGUGCACAGCAUUGACGCUCCGGUGUCUGGCGGUGAUGUGGGCGCGAAGGAGGCCCGCUUGUCCAUCAUGGUGGGCGGCGAUGAGGAGGCGGUGUCGGCCGUCAAGCCCUUGUUCGAUGUCAUGGGCAAGAACAUCGUCCACCUCGGCCCGGCAUCAUCUGGACAACAUACGAAGAUGGUGAAUCAGAUCUUGAUUGCCACUACCAUGGUGGGUAUGGUGGAGGGCCUGCUGUAUGGACACAAAGCAGGGCUGGACCUCAACCAAGUGAUUGAGGCUGUGGGCAAAGGCGCUGCUGGGUCCUGGAGUAUCAACAACCUGGGGCCUCGCAUUGUGAAGCGCAACUUUGAUCCCGGCUUCUUUGUUGAACACUUUAUCAAGGACAUGGGCAUCGCUCUCAAGGAAGCCGAGAGGAUGAAGCUGAGCCUGCCAGGUCUUGGCCUCGCCCACCAGCUCUAUGUCGCCGUCGCCGCGCAGGGCCACGGCCGUAAGGGAACCCACGCCCUCCAGCUGGCUCUGGAGAAGCUCAACAACAUGGAUCACGACCACUCUUCACCCAAGUCCGGUCUCCCCAAGGCGCUCUAG